AUGGUGGUUAAAAUAAAAGGUGGCACGACCCGUGCUCAGUGGGAGGAUGUGACCGGAUCGACGCCGCUAACGUUCGUGAACGAUUGCGUGUCGUUCACGACGACCGUAUCGGCCCGGUUCUGGCUAAUGGACUGCCGUAACAUAGCCGAUGCGACUAAGAUGGCAACCGAGCUCUACAAAGAGGCCAUACACGUGCCGUUUAUGGCCAAGUUUGUUGUGUUCGCUAAGCGCACCGAUCCGUUGGAGGCGCGUCUCCGGGUCUUCUGCAUGACAGACGACCGUGAGGACAAAACGCUCGAGCAUCAGGAGCACUUUACCGAGGUCGCCAAAAGCCGAGACGUCGAGGUGCUGGAGGACAAACCGCAAUACAUCGAGUUGGCCGGAAACCUGGUGCCGGUCACGAAGUCGGGCGAGCAGCUGAGCCUGCCGUUCAAGGCGUUCCGGGAGAACCGGCUGCCGUUCGCGGUGCGGGUGAAGGACCAGCACGCGGACAUCGUUGGGCGCACGCUGUUCAUGCGCGAGCCCAAAAUUGCCAAGGGUGAACCGCCACAGCAGCCGAUCUGCAUACUGAACAUUGUGCUCCCGGAAACGAUCAUACCGGAGCACACGACCACCAUUCAGGACUCGCACGAGAUAUUGCUGCGCGUCGGUCGAUCGCGAGCCGUGGCCCCGCCUCGACAGCUGCUGAUUGACGACCAGAACUACCUGGGCGAGCUGCGCGUCGUCGACAUUUCGAACCUGCUCGGGGAGGAUUGGAUCAGGCUCGCACCGGAAAUCGGCGUAAGCGAGACGGACGUGGAGAACAUCAUUGCCCAGAUCCCGACCAGCACGGCUCAGCAGGCACAGGCAAUGCUGAAGCAGUUCCAAUCCAAACCUAACAACGACUUCAACAUCUUGGAGAACGGACUGCGCACCAUCCAUCGGGACGAUAUCGUGGACCGGUGCAUACGUAGUGCCACCACCACCGGCACCACGACCACCGUUACUAUGCGCAACAAAACUUCCUUUUCUAUCGGCAAACGCAGUGUCGACUCCGCUGCAGAGAUACUCACCGAAACGGAUUCCAUAUCAAAGAUGGCACAAAAAGACGAUCGCCUCUCGAAAAAGGAAUCCACCAAAUACUCGGUGGAGGAGAAAACCGUCGAGGAGUCGGAGGAAUCGGAGGAAGAGCUGGUGAAGAAAACGGUGGCGGAGCGGCGUAAGCAAAUCGAGAAGCGGCUGUCGGCCGACCGUUCAAUACCGGCCUCGACGCAGAAGAAAGAGAUAGUCGAGGAGAUCAUCACCAUCAAGCGGCAAAGUGUCAUAGACGAUACGCGGGCGCGGCACGAGGAAGAAAUCCUGAUGCAGAAACCGAUCGACAACACGUACAAAUCGGCCACCAUGCCGGAGCCAGUGGUCAAACUGAAAACGGCCGUCGUGAAGGAUGGCCCUACGGUGAGGAAGGAUGAGUUCGACCAGGAGCUGCAGGAUAAGUUCAAAACAACACUCAAGAACGUGGAGGAGUUUGAGCACAAGUCCGAAGUCCUCGAGCACCUGGGAUCCGAUGUCGUUACCGUCAAGAGUGUUUCAUCUUCACCACGCGUUGUGGAGGAGCUGAAGAAAAAACCGGACGAGAGUCUUCCCGAGGCAGUGCUGGUGGAUCCCGAGAAGCAGCAGUGGCGCCAGUCGUCGGAGGAGGUGGUGUCGCCAGUUCCCCGAGAGCGUGCUCCUGUGCCUGCCAAACGUACCAGUCUGACGAAGGAGCCGGAAGAGUUGCAUGGCGUCGUUGAGGAAUCGAUCAAGGACGUCAAGCAGCGAAUCAGUUCUUUCGAAACCAAAACCAAGACUGAAACCCUAGUUGGCAGCAAGCAAUCGUCUUCGGACACGACCAGUGGGCGUGACUCGUGGAGCGAGGAGCAUCGGAAGGAGUUGAAACAGGCUGUUGAGGAGCAUGCGGCUCGGUCGGCGCAUGUGUCCGAGGACUCCGAAAGCGAGUUGAUUGCUCGGAAGGAAGUCACCACCAGUCAAGAGGUGCGCACCGUGGACGAAUCGUCGAAAACGACAUCGCAACAGGACACUACAAAAUUCGAGCAGAUUAAACCUCAUCACCAUGGUGUUUCCUUUGCGCACGAAAAAGAAAGCUUCUCGGACGACCCUUCGAGCAGUGACGGCCAGCCGAUUGUGGAGGAUGCGCGAUGGAGGGAGCAAGAUUCGGAGCCUUCUUCGAUGUCAGAGGGGCGGCAUGUGCAGCAAGUCACCAUGACGACGGAAGAAAGCUACUCACAGCAAUUCAAGUCCGAAACCGUGAGCAAGGUGGAAGAAACGUUUACUAAGGUUGCAGCAAAAUCCGCAACAACCGUUCACGACGCUGGAUCCAAGUUGACACAGUCUGUUGACUACACCACCACUGGCAAGGAUGAUGGAGCGCUGGUACGCGAAGAAUUUGUUGCACGCAGUGCUGAAAGUAGCAGUUUCGUGGACCGCAAGGUGGAAUCGUUCGUGCGCGAGCAGCGCAACGAGGAACCGGCUGUGGAGAAGCGUGAUAUACACCGGGAGGUGAAGGAAAGCUCGGACAAAAUGGCAGAAGCCCGUCUGAAGGAAAUCGUAGCAGGUGACAAGGGUAGUGCUCCGCUUGAGUCCUCGACGGAAGCAUACACAGUGGAAAGUUUCGACGGUGUUCGGCGAGAAACCACGAGCACGGAUCCGUCGGGAACUUUGGCGGAGCUAAGUGGAACAGCGGUAUCCACGGUGGAGACCGGUGUUCGUCAAGGGGAAGAUAUGGCGAGCGAAAAAAUUGUCGAGAAGGAAGAGGAACUGUGCCGAACCGAAAAGAAGGUGUCCGCAAAAUCGGUGGAAACACCGGCUGUGACGGAGACGGUCUCGCGAACGAUUUCACAGGAAAUAACAUCAAAAAUACCGGUGCCGUCAAAGAAGGCUAGUCCGGACGCGAAAGAUCAUUCGGAAGCUGAAGCACCCGUAUCGGCGACACCUUUCGAUCAGCUAAAGUCACCAGUCGAACCGAAAACAUCAGAAGUCAACAAAUCGAAGCCGUCGCCGAAGCUUGUAAACGAACCCGUAGAACUCGAACAGAAGCUAGUGUCUGACGUAGAAGCUACACAAUCAGCUGCCGAACAAAUGGAAGCAACGGUUUCCAAAAUUCCUCGCUUUGGUGUGCCCAAGCCCGCGGGAAAACCUGACGUGACACCAGUCAAAUCUCCAGAACCAGACAGUGCCAGCUUAUCGAAGAUACCGAUCUUGAAAGACCGUAAAGUGUCGGAGCAGAUUUCAAGCGAUUCUUGCGAAACGGUCAUUUGCCAGAAAUCGGUAGCAGAGCAGGGCUACCAUAUGCCCACCGACGGAACCAUCAUUUGUGAAGAUAAAUUCUGGGACCGAGUAGGUGGUGAACCAGAUGAUGCCAUUUUGCGGGGCGAUGACGAGGAAGUGAUUCGAGCAACAACUAACCGUGACCGUGAACUAACCGAGAUAAUAACCGAGGAUCAUCGUGCGGUCACACCGGACGAUUUUAUCGAUGAAAUUAUCGAAGAGGCUCACGACAAGGUACAGCAGUUGCAGUCCGCUGACGUUACCGUCGGCACUCUGGACCUCAGUCGCUCAGAAGAAGAACAAUUCGACAAAUCGAUUUACCCGAUGCCAGAAUAUGUUUCGGGAGGGCGCGGCUCGAGUCGCUACGAUGAAAACGAAGGCCUUGCGGAGGACGAAGAGCAGGAUCAAGAGAAGUGGAAAGACGAUGCAAAUUCCUCCGUACCCGACGACAUGUCCUCGACCGAUUUCGAAGCAUUCCGCGAGUACCAUUGGUUGGAUACACCGGAUGCGACUGGUCCGCCCAGCCAACGGCCUAGCUUGGGCAGAACGUCUACACCGAUACGGGAUGCUGCAACGUCUGCUGGUGUGGCGCUCGCAUCGUUCGAGGAUUUGGACACGCUCAGUCCGCUGUCGACUGACAUGGGUGAUGGGCGGAAGCUAGCCCAGCUUCACGAAGGAAAGGUCACGGUUGACGAGGGGCGUGAAAUCAGGUCUUCGCGAAAACACUUUAACCUUGACCUAGACAUUGACGCGACGACCACCAGAACGACGGCGACGUCUACUUCGACAACAAACACAGCGAAAGCCCACAAGACGAUUACAUUUGAAAAGACCACCAAACAGGAGGGAUUCUCUCACCAAGGGACUUCGCCGAUGAGCGAGAUAGUAGAAUCGCCGGAUAGCGUGCAUAGCGGUCGCUAUGGGCGAGGUGAUUCGCCCGCGAUCAAGCUGGUGAUUGGACGCAAGGAGAUCAAAACUUCGGACACUUCCGCGAUCACGGAAAGCCGUCUGACAGUGUACGGGCACAAAGACGUGGAAAUAUCGAUUAGCUCGCAAUCAACAAUUAGUCUAACGACGACGCAUACAUCCAAGGACGGCCGUGAAAAGACGGCUGAGAUAUGCACCAGCGGUGGAGAAUUAAAGGAAGUUAGUAAUGGAAAACGUUACAAACAGUUCAAGUUGAUAGACGAUCCUGACUCGGAACAGACUGAGCGCAAGAGGGACGAUGCAGUAUCAUUCUCUAAGAAAAAGAGUGUUUAUCUGUUUGGAAGUUUCGACUCAAGCAGUGGAUCGCCAAUAACUGAGGCAAGCGUGUCGCAACAUGUCACCGAUACGGGAAUUUCGUUGACGAAAGGAUUCACUGAAACGAUGACUUCGCCAGGUUUAGCAUCUUCGUCAGCGGAGGAAAAGAACAAAAAAGUUAGCAUCAUCACCGACACAGCGGUCGAUGUUGAAAUCGAAGAGCUAGAGCUUACCGAUGCCGGUUUGAGUCCGAUUCAACCAGAUGAAACAGACAUUACUGCUGAUUUUCAAAUGGCCGAUGAUGAUGUGCACUUUUCGAACACUGGAACUAGUCCGAUGGAUUUCGAGGAACCGUCGUUGUCGGUCGCGAUGGAUACGUCCGAAGCAGCGACACUCACAGAUCGCGUGGAAACGAAAGAUGCGUCCAAUAGUCCACUGGAUGCCCCCAUCACAUCCAUACUGAAGAGAGACGUUAGCAAGUUGACAGACGAAGAGCUGCUGACGGGGCGCCGCGGCUCGGAUGAAAUCAUAUGUUUGGAUGAUGAUUCGCCACUGCUAACAGAUUUCACAACCUCUUCGAUAACAUACGUAAGCGAUAGAAUUGAUUCGUCAUCACUGGAGCUAAUGGUUGGUGAAGCAUCGAUGGAAUUUUUAAAGGUUGGCAAAGGUGCAGCACAACUGGAAGACAAAAAACUUGAAGUACAAUCGCCAGGAUCUUGUCUAUCAUUCACUACGACCACCAGUGAAAAUAAUGAAUCGUGUGGCCCUGAUGUAGAGAAAACCGUAGACACCGUUGGUUCACUUCAGCCGGAUAUACCAACGCAAUAUGAGCGAUCGUUUUCCCUAAGCGACAAUGCAGCGUCCGACUAUUCGACAGAAUCUGCUACUAAAUACAACCUACCGUACGAUACCGAGUCUGAUGGGCACGAAGCUAUUUCGCAUGCAAGCAAAGUAAAAGGAAUGAGACCCAAAGAAAGGGUGGUUGUAGAAGUGAGGCAAUCAAAACCGACAAAACUAAUCUCGGUCGACCCACGCCAAGAGACAGCAUCGCCUCAGAGCGACAUAACGGAGUAUACGGAAAGUAUAUCGUGUGUCGAAUCAAUUAUAGAUAGUACAAACUACGAAAGCGCCUUUAAACAAAAAGAACUGCGAUCGGAAACACGAAGCCUUGAAGAAAAAACAGACCUUGACGGUAAAAGCGCUAAACGAACCAUGCUAGUUCCGGACAAAUUUGAGAAAGGUUCCGAAAAGCAAGACAAAAGUGGGCUUAAAGAAGAUCGACUUACAAAGGAAGUAGAAUCUUCUCCGGUAAAACGACGCCAACCCAAGGCCAAAGCAGCGGUCACCAAGGUGAGUUUGAGCAAACCGGCACCAGUGGACGGUGCAAAACGCUCCAACAAAACGACCGAUCAGCGCCAUGGGUCAGGAACGUCCAAGAUGUCAGAGGUGACCGUUAUGGGAAGCAAAACGAGUACCGUAACUACUCGCAGUUAUACAAGCACGCGUACUCACGGCUACAUGCAAUCGACAUUAUCGCGAGACCAGAAAGUGUUAAGGCCAUUGAAUUUGACGGAUUCGCCGCACUCUUCGCCCUCCAAAUCCGUCUACCGCUCGGCUACCAACGUUGUGUCAUCUACACAGACUGCCACUGCUACUUCGGUACACUCAACGGAGGUGAAGGCUAAAAGUACGAAGCAACUGUCGUCGAGAUCGCUAAUCCGCGAGCAAACGCUGACCACUAAAACCAGCACUUCUGUGCGAGAAGCCGGAGCGAGAAAAACGGAUGUCACCGAGUCUAGAGUGACCACCAAAGCGUCCGCCAAAGCAUCGUCGGUAAGCAUGUCCACGCCGAAAACCGGGCAUGCUGGACCGGCUAGUGUCCAGCGACUGCCUCGUACGCCGACGAGAAAAGGCACCGAAGAUAGGCACGAUAAGAAGGAUGGGGCAGUGGUAAAAAAAUCGGACAAGGACCAAGCCAAUAAAGCAACCAAGUCGACCCUGCCGGCAGCACUGAAAACGAGCAAAGAUCGCGUGAAUAAGAGCUUGAUCCCGGUCAGCUUGCCACCUGGCAAGCGAGAAUCCGUGCCAUCGCCGAGUAGGUCGGUCAAGGCAAAGAGAGAGGCGACCCCUCCUGUAAAGAUGACGAAAGAUUCGGCGGCGGGUAAACACAGGGAAGGCCAUGACAAAGUCCAUGGACCGAAGCAGGAGACCGUCGUAGUGCAGCUAGUUACGAAGUCGGCGCCCCGAGUUACCAGCUCCAUCCGGCACGGCGGUAAAGACGACGGCGGUCUGCGCUGUAAGUCGGCCAUGCACUACUCGUACAAAGAUGCCGUCACCUUCGAUCACGCCGAAGUUCCUUCCUCGCUACCGUCCAGUCCGAGCCGUUUAAACAAGAGUUCCUCCACCAGUACAAACGUAUUAACUAGUGAAGUGUUUACGCGCACUAUCGACUCGUCCAAAUCGAUCGAGGUGAUCUACAAGCAACCGUCCACGUCGCACGAGCUGUACCGUAAGGUGAACGAGUACCGCUACAAUGACAUCGACAUGAACUUUAUCGAGACGACCGACUCGAGCCUGUCGGACUCGAUCGCACUGCCUUCCUCCUCGUCCGAGCAGGAAAGCGAUGGGGUGGACCACCAGAAGCGGUCCGGCAGUCUCGGGUCGCCGAAGCAGACGAGCUCCUCGUCCGCCGUAACCACCAUGACGACGAUGACGAAAAAGACGCACUUGUACCAACAACAACAACAACAACAGCAUCAUUCGCGCCCCUCGAAACCGCACUCGACCGGUGGUGGUAGCCAGCGAGCCCGUACCCACUCGCCUGCGGAACCCAGGUACCGCAUGUCGGACAUCUGGAGUCGUACCGACCCGCCAGCGUCCAGCCAAGAGCUUCCGGAUUCUUCGGAGGACAGUGACAUACAGCAGCAGCAGCACCCGCACAGGCAGCCAAUGUCCGGCGUGGCUGACCGGCGGUUGGCCACGUCGCUCGAUGGGAUCGUGCUCGAGAGUAGCAUCUCGCCCAUACUAGACUUCCGGGCAUCGACACCGCCUCGGUUGAAGUAUAAAUUUGAUUACGAUAGUUCUCUGUUUACAGACUGCGAUGCUUCGGAGGAGGAAGCGGAACAAUCUGUUUCUUUCAUUGCAGGCGAUGAUGAUGAGUAUCUAGUGCUGGUUCACUCGGAGGCGGCUCGGCUCGUCGAUAGUGUGCUGGAGCAGAGUGUGUCGAUCGUGAGCAGUUCGCAGCCUUUGGGCGGCCCAAUGACGGCCGAUCGCGAACUGCAGGCGCCGUCCGAGAGCGAACAGUACGCGAUCCGGAGCGACAUCCUGUCGUCUACCGAUGGCGGUUUGGUUGUGAAGUCGCCGACCAUCGAAUCCAUGUCCGGCAAGUCUUUCGACGACAACAUGAGCAACCCCGAGUACGACACGCUGGGCACGUCCCCCUCCGUGCGACGCCCAAGCGACGCGCUGGGCGAGCAGUGUGCCGAGCUGCACGAGGGUAUGCCCGCCGGUGACCUUCCCCAGGCCAGGGCACGGCCGGACCGUGGCUAUGAAACGGCAAUUCUUGCCGGUGAUGAUGACGGUGAUGGCGAUGGUGAUGGGUGUAAGGAGGCCGGCGAUCACGGCGAGGGCCGGACACCGGAAUCGGCCGCGGCCAGUAGUGCCCGGCGGGCCAAGCAGAUCGAACGCAAGUACGCCCGGUUGUCGGCGGACCUUGGCCCGGAAGUGUUGCUCGACAAGAACCAAGAGUACGACGAUGCGAUAUCGCAAAUCAAAGACGAGGUGUCGAUACUCCAGAGCGAGUACUCUAAGCUGAGCUGGGACGAAAGCAUGUCGGCCACUACGGGCGAUUUCGGAUCCAGCACGCCCGACAAUGACUUACAAGAAACAGAAACGCAACUGCAAACGCAAGAACCUAACGUACCAAAGACAGCACUCCGAACCCAAACUAAAUCCGCUAUAGCUGCUGCUACUGUUGAACUCGAUGUUUCCGACGCUCCGCCGUGCGGUGCGGACGCUAUAGCUUCUGCUAUUACUACCGCUACUUUUGCUGUUGCCACCACGUCGCAGGAUGUGACAACGCUCACGUCCGCCGAGGAAAAGUCCGUCUCGCUGACCGCUACCGAGCCGGAACGGCCGAGCGAUUCCUCCAGCUGCGAAGGACAGCCGCUGCCGAAGCCGCGUACUAGUAUCUCCUCCCGCACGGAUACCGCUACCCGGUCAAGCCUGCUUGAGUCGUUCGAGCAUCAGGACUCUAUCGAGCAGUACCCGGAACCGGUGCAACCGGUGGUGGUCGAUACGGCGAAGGACACUUCGACCGGGGCCAAAUUCUUCAUAGGAGAGUGCUGCAGCGACAUCAUUACGCGUACCGCCAACACCACCACAGUGGUCACUGCCGCUGACCGGCGGUUGGACUUUGCGUUCGACAACGAGGGCUACACGCACUCGCAAGACUCGCACGGUGCCGGCACCGACGAUGAGCCGCGCCGGGAUGCGUUCGAGGUUUACCACGAGCAGGUCCGGCAAGAGGACUGCUUUACGCUAGAUUCGCUGAAGGAGCUCGACAUUGGGGCUAGGUCCAGCACGGCUCCGGUCGUGCACUCGCCAGUAGUGGCAGUAGCGCCCACGGUCCCUUUGCUGGGGGAGCCCGUGUCCGCUGGCUCGCAGCGUUACUCGUUGAUGACAUCCGACGAGCUGACUAUCGCGAAGACGCUGGAUGAGGUGAAAGAGUCGCUGGAUGCGGUCCAGGAUGAGCUGAUCGAAGCCGUUAUGGACGGUACCACCAUCAAGCAGUCACCGUCCGAGUUUGAGUUGAAAGUCCUGCCAGCGACCCACUACGCGCACGAUCCGAUCUACGAGACUACCCACGAGGAAGUGGUUCCUGCUGCCGCAGGCAUUUUCGCAACGGCAGCCAGCGAGAAAUCGGACCUUUCGGACGUAGAGUCAAAAGACCGAACCGAACCCCCGUGCCGAAUCGAUGAGGCCACCGUCUGGGGUACGACAGGGUCUUCGGACAGUUCGCAGGCGAAGCUCGAUGUUACGACACGCGUGAGAAAGGGUCCGCACGGGGUCCGCGGAGCGAGCGGCAGCCAGCGUUGGUCCGCGACCGAUGUAGACAGCUCCGGCGAAAGCCACUAUCAGAGCCUGGAGCACACCGACAGCAGUCGGCCGGUGUCGUCGGACCUUGAGAACGUUAUGGCGCACGUCUCGUCCGAGUACGAGACGGCCCUGGAGCACUCGACCGUGCGCACAUCGGCUACCGUGACCGAGUACCAUAGCGCCGUUAGCACACUGCACUCGUACCCGGUGAGCUCGCACGACAGCAUGAAGAGUUUCGAUUCGGAGAGCUCCGGCAACCUGGCAAGCAUCGAGUCGGACGCCACCGAGACUCUCGUCCCGUCGACGAUGGACGGUGACUUCGAUUCGUCGGACGCGGCGCUGAUCCACGACGACUCCGAGGACGAUCUGCGCGAUAAGCUGCUGCUACUGGACGACCGGGAAGAGCUGUCGUCAGCGGCAAGCAGCAUUCCGAUCGCCAUGAAGCGAUCGCACGAAAUGGACUUUGCGGAGCUGAAGCACGAGGACCGGGGCGAGCACCGGUUGGAGUUCGAUGCCGACGCUGGUGUUCCUGGGCAGGACGAGAAGCUGAGCUCCAGCAUUGGAACGGCGCACGAUUUGGUAGAGUCUAUGCAAGCGGCCGGCUUUGAGGACAGUAAAACCGACGCACUAUCGGAUGAGACGAAGCUCGGCACGAGUGUCGAGGAUGGUAGCAUCCUGUCCAUCAGCCUGUCCAGCGCCUCCAACCUCGAGACCAUUAUGGAGAACCUGUCCGAACGGACGGCAACGGCGGCCACCCACACCGACGUUGGGCUGGAUGCCGUGACACCCACCGGUACCGGGGCUGCCGUGCUUCUCGGAGACGUCACGCUGACGUCGACCGUGCUGACUGAAGGGGAUGUGAACUUCCUGAACACCCAGGCAACGACCGAGAUCAUUCAGACGUUCGCGGGCGCACGGGAGGAGGCCGACGCCGACGCGGGUGAGUCGGGGCGCAAGCGGGGCCACAAGCGCACCGAAAGCACGGCCAUUGUGUCGGGCAAGUUUAUGGCCGAGAUGGAGGAGAACCGCGACUCGCUCGAGUCGCAGGACGAUUCGCUUUCGCUGGAGGCCUCCAAGCCGUCCAGCUCGGAGCGGGACGAAACGCGGGACGAGUCGUCGGACUCGGACUACGAUCGGUACGAGAGCGAGUACGCGCGCUCGUUCCGGGCGCCUGUGGCACAGUCGAAAAAGAAGGACAAAAUGGUGGGAGACGUGUUCGAGAAGGAUUUAGCUGAGCUCGAUCGGCGCAACUCGUUCUCGCCGUCCCAAUCGGUGAUCGAAACGAUCGUCGAGGAUGUGCACGCGGAGACCGAGCAGGGCGACGAAGCGCACCGCCUAAUGGUCAGCAAAAGCCAGCGCCUGCAAGAGUACCGCGAGUCGUCCACCCAGAACAUUCCCGACAUUCACGUCACGGACGACGUUACGGAAGUUGGAGAGGACGACGGUCACCCGGAGGAUCCCCAGCCGGAACCGUCCGUUCGACCCGUGCCUGACCCCGUGCCGACAGUGGUCCAGUACGCCAAACAAGAGGAGUUCCAGCUAACAGAGGAACAGUAUCAGGAGCUGAUCGAGCAGAAGUACAAAGCGAAGCUGGCCGACACGACCACCAAAUACGGGUUCGACGUGGACGAAAAGGACGAUUCGGCCGGUUCGGACUCAUUUGAAAUGCUGGAGCAGCCCGACAUAUCGGAUGAGUUCGUGAUCGUGGAGGAGGUGGCGCGGGAGGCGCACGAGUUCGACUCGGAGGGCAAGAGCGUGGCCAUCAAGCCGGUCAAGCUGGAGAAGAAGCACGACGAGGACGUGGAGAAGAUGCUGGUGAAAUCGGCGCCGGCACACACGAACGCCGGCUCGCUGUAUGCCGCUAACAUGCGGGAGGACAUGAUGUACGAGUUCGAGGAGAGCCCCCCGACCGGGGGCACCGGCCCCGAAGAGGUCGAGGGGGCCGGCGUAACGAUGGACCUGCUGAACAAUGGGUACCCGCUCGAGGAGAGCAAACGCUGGGUGGAGAUGCAGCUGGCGGAGACGCAGAACUUCCGCUACCCGUACGAGGACCGCCUGGAGGACAUCAAGGAAGAGGACACGGACUUCGAGGUGGGCAGCAGCCGGAUCGGCUCGAUCAAGGACUCGUUCUCGAGCACACCCGACUACGAUAUGCUGGCCCGGCGAAUGGCAUCGCGCGAGCACGAUGACAUCUCCAUGAGCAGCCUGCAGGAGUUUGAGAACCUGGAGCACGUGAUUUCACUGGAGAACCGCAAGAUGCAGCAGGGCUCCCAGGACUCGCUGAGCAACGGUAGCUUCACCCGCCGCUUCAUGCAGCGAGGCGGCGUACACGGGGACGACAUCAGUUUGUCGAGCCUGAAGGAGUUCGAGGGUCUGGAGAGCGCUUGCAUAGAGGCGCACCUGAUCGAGAUCAAGGCCAAGGAGGAAGCCGCAUUGCUGCUGUCCCGUUCGGACGAGUCAAACAAGUCGGACCGAUCGAACGGAGCCAAGCGCAGCCCACCGACAAACGGUGCCGGAUCAGCAACGGUGGUCAGUAAGACCGCCGGUGCCGUCGGGCCUUCCAGUGUGUGCACGGAGGUAGUGAAGAAAACUAGUACCGAGCUGGGCAAAGAUGCCUCGCUGGCAACGGCAACGGUGACGACCACCGUGGUUACAUCUACCUCGCGCGAAAGUUCCGUUCCGUUCGAGGAGGAAGAUACCUCUCACUUGCUGACGGUUUCUAGUGACAGUCUGGAUGGGGCAGUGCGUGCCCCGAAACAGGCACUGUCGAGCCGUGGCGACACCCAACCGUCGGCCCACUCGAGUAGCGACAGUCUGGAGAUACACGGCAAGAACAAUGCCGACGUGAUGACAAGCAGCAUGGACUCGAUUGAGUUUUCGAAGACGGGUUUGGCUACCACCCGGUCCUCGCAGUCCGACUCCAUCGAGCAUAUGGUGCAGCAACAGCCGCCACGCAGCGAUAGCAUCGAUUCGAUCGAAGCACAACACCAACAACAACAGCAACAGCACCCGGGUCCUAAUGCGUGCAGCGAUACCCAGAGCGGGUUCAGCAGCCCGACAAAAUCGCUGCAAGGCCAGCGCAACGUAGCGGAUGGUACGGCCAUAGCAGGCGGAAGUCAGCAGCACGUCAUGUACACAACCACGACCACCACCACCACUGUGCAUGUGGCGGGUGGUAUGCAAAAGGACAUUUCGGCCGAUUCGCUCACCGGACCGGAUGCUGCGUUCCUUACCAGCACCGAGAGCUUGGAGACGAGCUCGACGGCAACGAAUGCCACCUAUCAGAACGAAACCGACUCCCAGAUGUCCUCCAGCGUAACCAGCUGUGAUUCCAUCACAAUGGUAGACACCCUGGGAGGACCUGGGAUGGGCGAUCUGGACAGUUUUCACGUAGGGAUCGAUCUGCAGCAGCAGCAGCAGGCAGCUGCCACGGGAGCUACGGUUGCCUUCGGUAGCGCCAUGAUGAGUUCCUUCUCGGCGUCUCAACAGCAGUACGCCCAGCAACGGCAACAGCAACAGCAAGUAUACCGUAGUUCGCAGAUCGCAUCCUCCUCCGCAACGGUGACCACGGCGAGCUCGUCCUCGUCAGCGGCAACGUCAUCGGCGGCGGCUUUCCACGGGCGAUCGCAGACGACGGAUAUUGAGCUAUUAAGUAGAGAACUGUUUCCAGGGGACAUAGCUUUCGAUGAGGUGAUGAAGGAAACAGCCAAGGAUAAACCGCAAAGUAAAUCAACCGAAAAGGAAGACUAAGGGUUGGGCUAAGACUUCUCUACAGACUCACACAAACCGACAUCACUUCCGGCAUGCUGUAGUGAUGCGAGAGCACGAUUUUAAGAUGUCUCCAGACAGUUUCAUCGCAAGCGCAUUACGCAGUUUUAUCGAACUACUAGCCUUUAAACAUACAAAAAGCCACCCAAAGGCCACAGAACCUUCGAUACUCCGAUAGGAUGUGUGUACUUUUCCACAAUUCCUCUACUAUUAUGGAACAACAAUCUUAAUCAGAAUACACAACGUUAUAUGCAGAUAAACCAUAAACCAACACAUGCAGCACUGUGCGAAAAGAUCGUUUCCGGAACGUAGUUUCCGGAACGUUCCGAGCCGGAACAGCAUAAACAGGGACAUAGCUUGGCUAGCGCUCAAUUGAAUACGUGUUGUUUUGUAAUUCGGUAACAGUGGCAACAGCAUAAAAAGUUAGCUUUAUUUCAUACAUAUGCAAGAAAUGAACAUCUAAGUCAAGCCUCACCGACACAGUGCCGACUCAUUUCCAAACUUAACUGGAUCUCGACCACCCCAUCCCGAUGGGCCGGUGGGAACCAAUAGCAGUUUUACCAAGGCAACAAGCAAACUUGCUUUGUUAAAGUGAAGGAAAGAUAGCACGUCAGUUGCCCUCUGGAAACAGAAUUAGCCCUCGUAUGGAUCGAGCCUCCGCUUUUAGAAGUAUCUCCGGAUAUGCGCACGAAGCACUGAUUGCACUAUAGUUGCAUCAAAUUCUUACUGUUACUGAACAUGCUUAUAUCAUUCUUGAAGCUUUGCUAUGGCUGAUUUACGGAUAACGCUUACUGGCAUAAGAUUCCGGUACUUCUUUUCUGCGCAUUCCCAACACCUUCGUGCGAAGGCUGCUUAACCCGACUGUAGAAGGUGCGAAAAGGCAAGCGAGGUGUGCCACAAAGCUACGCGAGUAGCAUUAAACUCUUUUUUAAACAAAGCGGAAUGAUGGCACCACUGUGUGACGACGAAAAGCAUGUUAUAGUUAAAAUUUACAAUUACUGAUAAAAUCUUAUAAUACAAGCCGUAAAGGACGGAACACACCCAAACUGGGUACCUCCACUAAUGCUGAAAAAGUGUCGCCGGUAGUAGCUCAACGUCGACGCGGUCGUUUUUGUGAGAUACCAAGCAGACAAGAUUAGAUAUUUUAACAAAGGAGAAAAUGGAAGAAAACUGAAACCAAAAUGCAUCCACACACACAGACACUUUGCAUUUAAAAUAACACAAAGAAAAGGCGAAAUAAAUCAGUAGAUUCAGCGACUCGUGCAAGAGCCACGAGCGUGAUCUGAGAGAAAAUAUAAUGAUAUUAAUGAUGAAAAUAAUGUGACGUCCGCAGGCAUGUAUGUGCUACUGGCGUAGCCGUAGGCGGUGUGGCCAAUCAGAAAAUGAUUAUUAGUGAAACGAAGUCAAACAACAUGCAACAUAACAACAUAGAUGUACCAUUUGCAAAAUGUAUGAAAAAUAAAAGUGCUUA